AAAACCUGGAUGCCCCUGAGUUUUCCCAAUCCUGGCCAUGAUUUGGUUGGCCAAGCUGGUAUCGCGACCCUUCGACCGGGUCUUAGCGCUGUCGUUUCACAUCCUGUGGUUUGAGUUGGACUUGCUGGCGGAACGUUUCCACGCCUUGCUCCCGUCCUUGUCUGGACAGUUUGGGAGCGUCCGUCACUAUGGAAGGAUGGCCGUGGAGGCCUUCUUCAUCGCAGAAGCGUUUCAAUGGCUCACCACCGCAGCGGUGCUGUCUUCCUUCUGGCUGUUCUAUGCCUUCUGUUUGCCGCCCACUGGUGUGUCAUAUCCCUUUGUCAUCGAUUGGAGCGCUGACGUUUUCAGUAGCUCCUCGGUGGGGCUGAAGCUGCAGGAUGGCUUGCACGGUGUGGCCUGCAAAGACGUGCCCAUGCAGCCGAUUCCAGCCCACGUCAGCGCUUUGGAGUUGCACCUGCACUCUGAGAUGACCAGUUGUGAUGCAGGCUUCUACAAACUCCAGCUCCUCAAUGCCAGCCACUCUGACGUAUUCACUGGCGUGUGGCAACCCUUGUUGCCAGUGAGUACUUGGUCGCCCCUGGUGGCGCUGGGCUUGGCGGAGCGCAAGAGGCUGGCCCCCUUGCUCCGACAGCCGCUGGAGCUGGUGGAGGAGAUGAGACAGAGCGUUAGUGCUGCUAGGAUAUGCCUGCAACCGCCCCUGCGAUCAUUGGACAUCAGCCUGCAAGUCCUCUACAAGCUGCGCGGUUUCUACCGAUUUGUUCAACAUUGGCCAUUGCUUUGGAGCAGUAUCCUGGUGGUCGCCACUGGCUUUGCCACCUGGUCCUUGGUUUGCCUCUUGCUGGUUGUCCUAGUACUGCGCCGGCGCCGCCUGCCGCCCGCCGCGGCCUCUGCUACCGCCGUGUUGUUCCCAGCGCUCUCCGACGCUGCAGAGCCUGAGACAAACUCCGAGGUUGAUCGAUUUGCCAAGGUGACGACGGUGGUGUCGGAUGUCUGGAAACAAUCCGUGAGCAAAAUGGAGGAGGCAGGGACACAGGUGGUGCAGGCCGCCAUGGACCCUGAUCUCCAAGUGACGGCCGCCUCGGCUGUCUCGGGUGCACUUGCUUUGGGUGCUGGAGGAGGCUGCGCUGGCCUUGUCACUGGAAGCGUUGCUGGAGGAGCCUGUGGUUUGAUUCCAGCGAUCUUCACCUUUGGCCUGUCGAUUCCUGUUGGCGUGGUCCUCGGGGGAGGUGCCGGUGCAGCCGCUGGUACGGCCUUGGGCAGCGGUGCGGGUGCUGUGCUCGGAACCUUCUUGGGCCGCAGGUGGCUGCAGACUCGCUCUGCCAUGGUUGAGUCCCCGAAGGAUCUCUGAAGCGAUUUCAAUGGUGACGCAAAAGCUUGGUGCGUUUCCAAACGCUUGGAGUCUGGAAGAUUUUGAUUGUCA